AGCCCUACCCUUCUUCCUCUCCUCUUUCUGGAAUCGGAAUUAUUCUACAGAAUAUCACCUCUUUUGCCCCUUCUUUUUCUUUUCUAUUCUUUUUAUCUUUUCCCUCUUCUAAUUUGUAGAUUAACAGAUUCAUUUUCUAGGGCAUUUAGUUUUUUCUUUGAUUUUUUCCUUGAAUAGAUUUUGAACAUUCCAACAUCGCCAUGUCUGCUGAUGAGAUCUGUGAUCAGAAUCUAAUUGACGGUGUUCCAGAUCUCGCAGUGCAAGAUCAGAAGAAGGAUAACUGUACAGAAUCAGGGGAGACUAAUCCUAACAGUAGUAGUAUUGCUAAUCAUCACGGUUUCUGUGCGAUCUGUUUGAACAAAAUCGUUCUUCAAGAAACCGCUCUUGUAAAAGGUUGCGAGCACGCCUACUGUGUGACCUGCAUCCUGAAGUGGGCUUCGUGCAAGAAGGAACCCACGUGUCCUCAGUGUAAACAUGGAUUUGAGUUCCUUAAUGUUCAUCGGGCACUUGAUGGGAGCAUUCAUGAUUACAUGUUCGAGGAGAGUGUCUGCCUUCUUCUAAGGGCCUCAUGGUUUACACCUUUGGUUUUGGUGGAACGGGAGGAGGUAGCAUAUGAGGAAACAGAGUACUAUGAUGAGGACGAAGAAGACCUGGAUGACGUUUACUUAGAUAGCUCCUCAAGUCUCCGCAUUGGAAACCGUAGAUGGGGGGGCAACGGGUUUGUUAGGGCAGGAAGACAAGAAGCAAGGCCAGUUUAUCGCCCGAAUGUCCAGGACUCAGGUGCUGGACCAUCUCGCCGGGCAGAGAAGAAAGAGACCAAGGAAACAGUCGGGCGACGAGCAAAAAGGACUCAGAAGCGCGAAGCUGCAGACAAGGCUGCUGCAGUGAAGCAUCAGCAGCAUCUAGCGAGGCUGGGCCGCUUGCAGGUAUGAUUGCAGUGGAGGAAACGUCGUAUGGGCCUCAUCAAGAGGCUCUUCUGUACAGUAUGUAAUUUCCUACAUCAAUGAAAUAAGGAAUACUCGAUCCGGGACUUGAAACGAUGGGCUGCAUCAUAAUAUAUUGCACCUGCUGUCCUCUGCCAAGAUUUGGUUUUCACCUAUGUUGCUGUAAAUCCGUUGCAUAUACUAACUCUGCUUUUAGAUUCUUCAUAAGUAUAAUAUUGCUUCCAAGUAAUGGAGUUUGCUUUUCUUUAUA